CCUCCUUCCAGCGCCGGCGGGCGGCGCGCUCCGGAGGGAGAGCUGGGGCUGGAAGUGCCUACCCCCUCGGCGCCGGUCCCUGUCACCCGCGCCCGCCUCUGAGCCCGCCCCCACUGGGCAGCCGGGGGUGUCCCCGCCUCUCUCCCCCCGGGCCGGGGAGCCGGGGGGCAGCGCCGGAGCCCGGGGGGAGCGCGGCCCCGCCGACCGGUCGGCCAGGGCUGGGGACAGCUUGGAAGACCCAGGUCCAGGUGGAGGCCGCAGAAAGCCCAGAGGGAGCAGGGGCAGCAAUGGUUGGUCCUGACGGUGGCUGAGCCCCCAGCCCCUGGAAUAUGCAGCCCGGGGGAGCCCCAGGCAGCGGUGAGGACGCGGUGGCGGCGUGGGGCGGGAGGCAUGGUCUCCACCUACCGGGUGGCCGUGCUGGGGGCGCGAGGCGUGGGCAAGAGUGCCAUCGUGCGCCAGUUCCUGUACAACGAGUUCAGCGAGGUCUGCGUGCCCACCACCGCCCGCCGCCUCUACCUGCCCGCUGUCGUCAUGAACGGCCACGUGCACGACCUCCAGAUCCUCGACUUCCCGCCCAUCAGCGCCUUCCCUGUCAACACGCUGCAGGAGUGGGCAGACGCCUGCUGCAGGGGACUCCGGAGCGUCCACGCCUACAUCCUGGUCUACGACAUCUGCUGCUUUGACAGCUUUGAGUACGUCAAGACCAUCCGCCAGCAGAUCCUAGAGACGAGGGUGAUCGGCACCUCGGAGACGCCCAUCAUCAUCGUGGGCAAUAAACGGGACCUGCAGCGUGGACGCGUGAUCCCGCGCUGGAACGUGUCACACCUGGUGCGCAAGACCUGGAAGUGCGGUUACGUGGAGUGCUCGGCCAAGUACAACUGGCACAUCCUGCUGCUCUUCAGCGAGCUGCUCAAGAGCGUCGGCUGCGCCCGCUGCAAGCACGUGCACGCCGCCCUGCGCUUCCAGGGCGCGCUGCGCCGUAACCGCUGCGCCAUCAUGUGACCCCGCCCCCGCCCCAAGGGCGCCCGUGGGCUGCAGUCGGGAUGGCCCCCGCGGCUUACCCAAGGGCCCGCGGAGCUUGAGCCAGGAGCGGCAGGAAUAGAACUCUGAAGGUCUGGGCCUGAGACACCCCCACAGCCACACACUUCCCGGUGAGAGGCAGAGAGAGAGAGGGAGCCUCCCCAUAAAUGCCCAGUCCUCCCCUCGCUCCUGCAUCUGUCUUCCUGGGAAGGCCACCUUUAGUGCUGUAGUUAGUGCAGUACCUGGCCCGGCCCCAAGGGGUGCACAGCCUUUUGGGAUUGGGGGUGAGUGCAGAGAAGUGGAGGGUGGGGGUGUGGAGGUGCUGCCUUGGCUGGGCCCCACCCAUGUUCUCCAGAGAGUGUGUCAUCGCCGCACCUCAUCUUCCUUUCCGGUGUCCAUCAAUCUGCCCAAGCGUCUGUUGGUCCUUUACUGUUUCAUCCACCCUCCGGUGCCCCUCCUCGCCCCCAGCUCCGUUCACAGGGCUCUCAUUUCAUCCAUCCCCUUGUCGGAGAUUCAGGCAGCUUCUUUGUGAGGCCAGCCUUCUGAUCGUCAGCACCACCGGCACAGGACAGAGAUGCGGGUGGUCCAAGGUCCCCACUCGGGUCUGAGGGUUGAGGUCCCAGAUCAGUCAGGGGGAGAAGGUUGAGCUCUCCCCUCUCCAGGGAGACCUCCCUUCCCAGCAGCCCCCAGAGACACAACAACCUACCUUCCAGCCUUAACUUGAUGGUCCGUCCCUGCCGGGUGCCCCUCACCCCCUUCCUGACCCCUAAGCCAGAUCACCCCCUGGGUUAAAACUUUUUUUCUUGACAGUGUGGAGAGGGAGUCUCCCAAAGGAUAGAUUUAUUUCCAUGAUGCCAAGUUCCAGCCCUCUAUUCCGUCCUGCGUUGGGUGGCCUGCAGCUUGGGGGAUGUUGGUUUUGGAGAGCAGUGGUGGGCAGGCUGUUUCCCCUGGUGGGGUUUGCAGGGUGCAGUUGUGCCAGUGAAGACUCUCUCUCCCCAUUCCGCUCCAAUCUGAUGCCCCAGACUCUGCCUGCUUGAGUCUCAGAUUACCCUGAUUAAUCUGGUAGAGCCAGAAAAAGAAUUACGGGGACCCCUGUGCUUAGGGGAGACAUGCCCGCAUCCCCACCCCUAGAUGGAGGCCCUCAGGAUCUAUGGCCCUCGUCUCAACACCAGUUGGCCCUUUGCCCUGACUCACUCCGCCCCAUUUUCUCCGGCUGCUUGGCCGGGUUUCUACCUCUCGUCACCGGAGCUGCUCACUGUCAGUUUUGUGCUGAUUUAGAAAUAACAAAACUAAUGAAGAUAUCAGGAGCGGCCUAAGGGAUUUCUGGGGGACUUGGAGGGCAAGAGAAAUGGUGCGUGUCCCCUGCCCCCUGGCCAAGUCCUUCUUGAGGCUGAGCCCUCAGCCCUGGUCUGGUAGCAAGGUCCCUUGUUAGAAGAGGGAAAGAUAGAACAAGUCAGCCUCCACGUAGCUGAGCUGCGUUGUACAGACCAGGAAAUCAGGUAGCUCAGGUAGCCCAGAGCGGUGAUGGAGAGAAGUUCGGGGAGGGGGGGGAGUUUAUCAUCCAAAUCGAGUGCGAGGGAAUCUAUGAAUUUCCCAACUGAUUGCCCUUCCAUCCACCAGAGCAGCGCAGCCCCACAGUGACUGCCCUGACCUUGAGCAGUCCAGUAUUCCUGGGUUAUAGCCCCUGAUGUGCUGUGUGACUUUGGGCAAGUGACCUGCCCUCUGAGCCUCCCUCUGAAACAGAGGAGGUGGCUCCCCUUCCCCACACCUUGAAGUGGCUGGAAGGGUAAGUAAGGAACAGGGCCUGCUGCCUCCAUCCUCUGCAUUCCCCGCCCCCCCCCAUUCACCAAGGGGAUAGGGUAAGGGAUGGCAGCAUCUCACCUGCCCCCAUCACCGCCUCCCCCAGUUCUGAGACACCUGAGGUGGGGGUGGGGGACCCAGGCCUCUGGCUGCCCCUGUGGGAGCCAUUGGAAUGUAUUGCCUGGCCGGUCCCCCUCACCCCCUCUGCUUCCCCCCAGGUCUUUGAUUUAGGUUUUCUCCACCCUCAUUCUGAGUCUCUGUCCUUCUCCCUGCCUCCCCUCCCACCCAGGGUUUCCCACCACAGGGUCUGGAAGUGUGUGUGACGCCCACUGCGCUGUGAUCGGAAGUCAGAUUAAAAAUCAGGGAGUGUUUUCCCUCGUUUCUGUA